CCAUUCUGGAGUCAGUUUGCUCGUGUACUCGCACACGACAACUGUUGAUUAUAAGAAAAAACCAUAAAUGGAUAAAUUAGCAAAUUAAAAAUGUAUUUAGUUACUCAAGCGCUCAUUUUAUUAUUAGCAAUAUAUUUUAGUAAUGCUGGAUAUGGAAUACCGGCACCGUCUCCAAGCUAUCAAUAUGGACAAUCCGACGUACAAGCACCGGAAUACGUACCGCCUUACCUAAAGAACCAAAGAUAUGGAAGCAACCGGUACGGUGGAACAAAAUCUGCAUACAGUGGGACGAAAACCGCACCAAGUGGGACGAAAACAGCAUAUAGUGGGACGAAGUCCGCGUAUGGUCGAAGUCCAGCAGGAUCUCCUGGUACGAAGAAUGCGUAUUCUGGUACCAAGUCAAAAUACUCCGAGACCAAAACUUGGUACUCCAACACUGGUAACGCGCCCAACUAUUAUGAAUUCCACAACAGUGCCAACCAGCCAUUCAUGCCGAAAUGCGAGCCUGCCUGCAAGAACAUGGGCAUAUGCGUGGACACGAACAUGUGCCAGUGUCCGGCCAACUUCCACGGCAAGUUCUGCGAGUUCGAGAAGAAGCCUUGCCUCUCCUACCCACCGCUGCCCAUGAACUCCAGGAGGACCUGCUCCUCUGAAACAUGCACGAUAACCUGCAUGGAGGGUCACAAGUUCAUCGACGGGUCCACGGUAGCCAACAUGCGGUGUAUGGACGGACAGUGGCAGCCGACGCGAGCUGACUUCUCCACCAUCCCCGACUGCGAGCCGGAGUGCAGCCCGCCCUGCACUAAUGGUGGCGUCUGCUUAGCUGUUAAUACCUGCGAGUGCCCAGCUGACUAUAGAGGACCACAGUGCCAGUACUCGGUAAGCGUAUGCGAUAUCCGCAAGCUCGCCUUCAACGGCGCGUACAAUUGCGCGGGCGACAGCGAGUCGUCCAGCUGCGCGCUGUCGUGCCCGCCCGGCGCCACGUACAGCUCGCCGCCCGCCGCGCUCUACACCUGCCGCUACGACACCGGCGUCUUCCAACCACAGCCUAUACCUAACUGCGUUUUCCCUGAAAUCGUAGUCAUCACACCAGGCAGUCACACAUACAAUAGCACUUACACCUACACGGAAUAUACAAGUGAGUCACAUGGAAGGCGGCGCAUAUCUAGUGAGAGCCAGAGCGGCAUGACGGAGAGCACGCACGGGACACACAGCGUGCACAGCAUAGAGGACCUGCAGUCGCAUGGGCUGGGACGCAGGACGGACCACGGGACCGGGGGACCCAUCACGGUGGUCGUGCAGGACCUCACACCUAAGGGAGGAACCUGUCUCACGUGGGCCGGUGUCCAUUACAAGACCUUCGAUGGAAAAAUUUAUAGCUUCCAAUCACCAUGCCAGCAUAUCUUGGUCCGCGAUGCUAAUGACCACAAGUACUCGGUGGAGGUCAAACACGGCGAUUGUCAGAACAAAAAUCUCUGUCCCAGCGAGCUUACUGUCUACUUGGAAGAUAAGUUUUACGUGCUCUCUAUUGGAGAGGACGGUUCGGUGUUGUUCCGCAACACGAAGCGCCUGAUCCCGAUCCCGGCGGCGCUGCCCGGCGUGCGCGUGUCCAUGCCCAGUGACUACGUCGUCAUACACCUCGAUGCUGUGGGGGUCACUAUGAAAUGGGAUACUAAUGAUGUGAUCCUGGUAGAAGGCUCAGUUCUCCUUUGGAACAGCACCGAGGGUCUCUGCGGUACGCUGGACGGCAACCCGGAGAACGACUUCAGGACAAGAGAUAGAACUAUCGCUAAGACCAAGACUGCGAUGGCCUCGUCGUGGCAGGUCAACAAGAUUGGUGACGUGUGUGACAGUGUGCCGACGGAGACCAGUGCCUGUUCCUCUGAAGCUGCCGACGAUGUUAAGAAGGCUCAACAGUUCUGCGCCAACAUUUUCUCCAAAGAAAAGUUCCGAAAGUGUUCUGAGGUUAUGGACGUGACGUUACUUUUGGAGGCGUGUCAAUGGGAUUAUUGCGCUUGUUCUACAACCAUGACUGCCGAGGAAUGCGCAUGCAGUACUGUGGCUGUGUAUGCUAAGGAGUGCCUUAGACACGGCGUCACCGAGAUGAAGGACUGGCGAGAUGCUGACACUUGUCCAAUGAAGUGCCCCGAGGGUAAGAUCUACAAUUCGUGCGGAUCCGACUCGCAAGCCAGCUGCGCGUUCCCGCUGGUCGCCGCCAAGAGCGACAACAGCUCGUGUGUGGAGGGCUGCUACUGCCCCGAGGGGCUGCUGCUGGAGGCCGGCCGCUGCGUGCCCAAGGCCGAGUGCCCCUGCAGGCUCAGGAACAAGAGCUUCAAACCCGGAGCCAGUAUAAGGAAGGAUUGUAAUACCUGCACGUGCGAGUCCGGUGAGUGGACCUGCACGAAGGUCCCGUGCGGCGCCCGCUGCGGGGCUGUCGGCGACCCUCACUACACCACCUUCGACGGAAUGCGGUACGACUUCAUGGGACACUGCACCUACACCAUGCUGCAGGCAGAUAACAUCACCAUAGAAGUCGAGAAUGUGGCCUGUUCCGGGGCUAUUACAGAGGCAAUGGACCUCAGCCCAUACAAAGGCGCCGGCAAGCCGUCCUGCACUAAAGCCGUGACCCUGUACUACGCGGGAGCAAAUGUUCACAUGAAGCAGGGAGGGUUCAUCUUGGUGAACGGCAAGGAGGUGUCAGCGCUGCCCGUGUUGGUCGGUGAUGUGAGGAUCAGAGCUGCGUCAUCCAUGUUUGUCAUCGUUCAACUACCCAACAAGGUCGACUUAUGGUGGGAUGGCAACACUCGCGUUUUUAUUGACGUGCCCGCUAAUUUCCAAGGAAAGACCAAGGGUCUCUGCGGAACAUUCAACUUGAACCAGAAAGACGACUUCCUAACCCCUGAGAAUGAUGUGGAGCAGUCUGCGUUAGCGUUCGCCAACAAAUGGAAGACUCGCGAGUUCUGCACUGAUGUGGAGACAGUGGAGCCGGAGCACCCCUGCAAGGCCAACAUCGAGAACAAGGAGGCCGCUGAGAAGUACUGCAGCAAGCUCAAGGGGAAGGUCUUUGAAGAAUGCCACUGGUACGUGGACGUGGAGCCGUACUACGAGGCGUGCGUGUACGACAUGUGCGCGUGCGGCGGCGACGCGGCGCGCUGCCUGUGCCCCGUGCUGGGACACUACGCCAUGGACUGCGCCGCGCGGGGCGUCACGCUGCAGUGGCGGUACCACGUGCAGGAGUGCGAGCUCCAAUGCAACGGUGGACAGGAGUACACAGUAUGUGCAGACAGUUGCCUGCGCAAAUGCGCGGACAUGGCGCUGGCCACCAGCGGGACCUGCAAGCCUUGCUGCGUGGAGGGCUGCGCGUGUCCGGCCGGACAGUUACUCGACGACAACAACUUGUGUGUGCCGAUCGGCCUCUGUCCGUGCUUCCACAAGGGCAUGCAGUUCAACGCCGGUUACAAAGAAGUCAGGGCUGGCAGGCGAGAGAGGGAACUAUGUACAUGUGUGGGAGCUCGCUGGGACUGUAAGCCAGCGACCCCUAUGGAGAUCCAAAACUACCCGCCAGCGGAGGACCUCCGCAGCAACUGUAGCGCAUCCAACAACAUGGAGUUCACUACCUGUGAGAUUGCCGAGCCUCUGACCUGCAAGAACAUGCAUCUUCCACCUUCAACGAUAACGGCGGAGUGUCGUCCUGGCUGCCAGUGUAAGAAGGGCUUCGUCCUGGACACCGCGUCCAAGAAGUGCGUGCCGCCGACACAGUGCCCGUGCCACCACGGCGGCAGGAGCUACCCGGACGGGCAUGUCAUGCAGGAGGAGUGUAACAAAUGUGAAUGCAAGAGUGGUAACUGGGCGUGUACUCAACGCAAAUGCGACGGGCUGUGCGCUGCGUGGGGAGACUCGCACGUCGUUACCUUCGACGGCACCGACUACGAUUUCGAAGGAGUCUGCACGUAUCUGCUGGCUAAGGGAAUUAUGGACACCAAAGAUGGGUUCGACGUUGAAAUACAGAAUGUACCGUGUGGCACAACAGGAGCUACCUGUUCUAAGUCGGUCACUCUGAAAAUAGGCGGCGGUGGCGAUGAGGAAAUCGUGUCGCUCACCAAAGACGCGCCCAUACCAGACAUAUCGAAGCUGAAACGAAUAAAGAUGCGCAUGGCUGGUGCGUACGUGUUCCUGGACGUGCCCUCCCUCGGCAUGAGCCUGCAGUGGGACCGCGGCAUGAGGGUAUACGUCAAAGUCGAGUCCAUUUGGCAAGGAAGGGUCAAAGGUCUAUGUGGGAACUACAAUGGUGACAUGCGUGACGACUUCCAAACACCAUCCAGUGGUGGCAUGGCGGAGUCUUCUGCUCUCAUAUUUGCAGACUCAUGGAAACUUAAGGCUACGUGCCCGAAACCGGAGCCAUUAUAUGAUCACUGCAAGCAGCGUCCCGAGCGCAAGGAAUGGGCGUCCUCAACGUGUAGCACCAUGAAGCAGUACCCCUUCACGUUGUGUCACGCGGAGGUGUCUCCCUCGCCAUACAUCGCGCGCUGCACGCGUGACGCCUGCGCCUGCGACUCGGGAGACGACUGCGAGUGCGCUUGUACCGCGCUCGCUGCGUAUGCGCAUGCCUGUGCGCAUAGGGGGGUCACGUUCAAGUGGAGGACCCAGGAGAUCUGCCCGAUGCAAUGUGACGAGGAGUGUUCAAACUAUGACGCUUGCUUGACUCCGUGCCCAGUGGAAACAUGCGAUAACACCCUGGAAUAUGCCGAUAUGAAAACUAACUGCGAGAAGGACACGUGCGUUGAGGGUUGCAAACCCAAGAAGUCAUGUCCAAAAGGCCAAGUAUACAAGAACAGCAGUCACAGUGAGUGCGUGCCUCGCGCCAAGUGCAAGAAGGUGUGCAUGACGCUGGAGGACGGUACGGAGGUGGCGGAGGGCGAGGUCAUGGAGGAGGACGACUGCCACACCUGCCGCUGCUCCAAGAAGCAGAAGAUCUGUACCGGUCUGCCUUGUACUACGGUGUCUUCGGAGGAGACGACACAGAAGCCUCACGACGAGCCUCUGAAGUGUGUAACUGGCUGGAGCAACUGGAUCAACCGCGGCCCGCCCGAGAUCGGGCCCAGCGGCGAGUCGAUAGAUAACGAGCCACUCCCGCGACCCAACGAACUGGUGAUCGGCACGCCGAUGUGCAAAGAGCGCUUUAUGAAGAAGAUCGAGUGUCGCACAGUUGAGGGCCACAAGAGUGCGAAGGAGACCGGCCUGGACGCUGAGUGUAGCCUGGAGCGAGGCCUGUACUGCAAGGAGAAGGACAGGGACUGCCUCGAUUUCGAGAUCAGGGUGUACUGCGAGUGCGACAAUCCAGAGGCCUGUGAGAACUCGAUCCACCCGAGCGAGGCUCACCCCACGGACUGCAGCAAGUUCUACGAGUGCUCCCCGGACGGGCCCGUGCUCAAGGAGUGCGGUGUGGGCACGUGGUACAACCCCAACACCAUGGUGUGCGACUGGCCCGCCGCCGUGCUCGCUGUCAGGCCCGACUGCGCUCAGACCACUACCAGUCCUAAGCCGAAGAAAACGACCAAAAGACCUCCCGUAGUUUUAACAAUAUCCACGGGUGCAACUGAAGAACCAACGACAUCAGUGUGUCCGCCGGGACUCACGUACUCGUCGUGCGCGUACCGCUGCGACCGGCUCUGCGACUUCUACAAACAGAAGCUCGUAGCUCUAGGACGCUGUAUCGGAGAGAAAUGUGUGGAAGGAUGUGUGGCCAAGCCAUGUGGGUCGAAUAAGUUCUGGCGCGAUGAAAAGACCUGCGUACAUAAGAAAGACUGCACCUGCUCUUCAAACGGGAAGAUCGUUAAGCCUGGCGGCGUUGUGGUGGACGGCUGCAUCAAGUGCCAGUGCUUGGACAACAACUUCCACUGCGACUCCAGCGACUGCGUGGUGGUGGUCACCCCGCGGCCCGGCUCCACGCACCAGCCCAUCAUCUUCACCGUACCUGGGUCUACCACGCCACCGACUGUUUGCGAUCCCGACGAUUACAAAGAUGUGCUGGCAGACCAGCCAGACUCCGCGUUCAGCGCUAGCUCCGUCGCCAGCGGACUCUUUGAGCCGCAGUACGCCAGGCUGCAUGAAAACCUCGAUGUUACCGCCGGUAGCUGGAGCCCGAAGGAACAAAACACGAACCAGUACAUCCAAGUUGAACUAGUGAAACCGGAGCCAAUCUUCGGUGUGACGAUGCAAGGCAGUCCACUGUUCGACCAAUACGUCACCACCUACCAAGUGCUCUAUGGAGACGAUGAAGACAGCCUGAAGCCGGUCUUGGAUUCCCACGGGGAACCAAAGGUAUUCCCGGGACCCACCAACCACAGUAUUUCACAAACCGUCAUGAUAGAACCACCAGUAGAGACCAAAAUCAUACGCAUCCGUCCCCUCACCUGGCACGAAGAAAUAUCCAUCAGGUUCGAACUCAUAGGCUGCGGGGGGACACUGUCGACCCUCCCAGAAGAAAGUACUACAAUGGAACCAGAAACGACCGAGAUAAGUUCUACUGCUGCAACUAUGCCGACUACGAAGGAAACUUCUCCGCCUACGAAAGAAACCAGUCCGCCUACGAAAGAAACCAGUCCGCCUACGACGGAAACGACGACACCCAUUCCUGAGACUACGCCGUAUAUGUACUACACGGCGCCUCCGACGAGCACGACCCCCAUCGCUGCGCCACUCAUCAUACCGAACACUGUGACUCCGCCGCCUGAAUGUACUCAAGACGGAUACUACGACCUAAUGUGGGGAGAUGAACCGUUGCCCGAUUCCGCGUUCAGCGCCAGUUCCAUCGCCAGUGGGCUGUUUCAGCCACAAUACGCUAAACUCAAUGGACACCCGCUGGAUGUGACAGCUGGCAGUUGGAACCCGGCCGUCCAGGACGCGAAUCAGUACAUCCAAGUCAAGUUUUCUCACCCCGAGCCUAUCUACGGCGUGGUGAUGCAGGGCAGCCCGCUCUUCGACCAAUACGUCACCAGCUACUACGUGCUUUACGGAAAUGAUGGAGUCAGCUUCUCCUCUGUUAAUGAGCCAGAUGGUAGCAUCAAGGUAUUCCGCGGUCCAACGGACAACAACAAGCCCAUGACGCAGCUGAUCAACCCGCCGAUAGAGGCCAUGGUGGUCCGCAUCCAGCCGCUCACGUGGCACGAGGAGAUCGCCGUCAGGUUCGAGCUUGUCGGGUGCAGGGAACCUAACCUCCCGGACACUACUAAGACUACAGUUUCGUUCACGGAGCCCCCACAGUGCGACGAGCCUCUUGGCUUGGCUGCCGACCUGCCCGUACAGAGCAUCGAAGUGAGCUCCAACAACGACGCGAGACAAUACUUCAAGUUAGAGGGAGAACGCGGCUGGAGGCCCCUGUACAGCACACCCGGGGAAUGGAUCAUGUUCAAUUUCACCUCGCCACGCAACAUCACCGGAAUCAAAACGAAAGGUGGACCCAAAGGAUGGGUGUCGACUUACAAGAUCCUGUACACCUCGGACCUCUCCACCUUCAACCCGGUAAUAGAGGAAGACGGAGAAGACAAGUUGUUCGCUGGAAACUUCGACAAGGACACGGCUGUUGUGAAUGAGUUCCGGCCGCCGAUACAUGCUCAGUACUUGAAGGUGCUGCCUCUGAAGUGGAAGGAUGCUAUCGAGAUGAGGAUCGAGCCCAUCGGAUGCUUCGAACCGUACCCUGCAACAGAGAAACCAGAACUAACAACGACCCCCACAACACCAUCCGUGACGGAGACAUGCGUGGUGUGUCCGGGAGUGCUGCAGGACUCGGACGAGGCGUGCAGCUGCGCGCCCCCGGACAAGUACUACGACGGAGAGAACUGCGUCAGCAGGGACCAGUGCCCCUGCGUCGAGGGGAUCAUGACCUACCCUGUUGGCUCUACAUUCCGGGGCGCGAACUGCGACGAGUGCGUCUGCAAGCUCGGCGGUAUCACGGACUGCAAACCUGUUGAAGAAUGCAACUGUGCACCGGACCUAGUACCAAAAUUAUCGACAUCCACCUGCGACUGCCGCUGCACACCAUGCCCAGAAAACACCAAGAUCUGUCCCACGAGCAAGAUGUGUCUUCCACUAGAGAAGUGGUGUGAUGGCCUGCAGGACUGCCCCGACGACGAGAAGGAGUGUACCACCACCACCACCACCACCGCACCAGUCACCACGCCAUUCACCACUGAAGCGCCGGUCGCCUCGACUAAAGUGGCUACCGUUACUCUCAUCAUUACCACACCCAAACCGGAAGAGUGUCCGAAGGUAGAAUGUCCAGCUAACUACAGCGUUCAGUACACGUCGCCGAACUCCCGACCCACGUACAGCGCGACCGAGCUGCCGCCGCCGAGGGCGCGACACUCCUACCAGCGGUACCACCGAGGACACGCUAAGGGGGGGUACACCAAGACUGUGUUCUCGAAGGGCGGUAGCUCUAAAGGAGGAUUCUCUAAAGGAGGAUAUGGUCUACCCCCACCGCCCCAGCCGAACCAAGCCUUCUCGCUGAACAAGCCGGAGCUGAGCCCGGUGUCGCCGCCCCCGAAGGCGGAGUGCGCGCAGUUCAAGUGCAUCCCGAAGCUGCCGCCCUUCAGGCCCGGCCGCCCCAGCCGCCCGCCCGUCUGCGCGGUCACCAUCUGCCCGCAGGGGUACACACUCAAACUGGAUGUCACAGCCCCUGGACAUAACCGAUGUCCACAGUACGACUGCGUGCCUCCCCCGGAGCGGCCGGUGUUCUGUAACGUGACGGGUCGCACCUUCAACACGUUCGACGGCGUUGAGUAUAAGUUCGAUGCCUGCUUCCACAUCCUCGCUAGGGAGAACCGUUUUGAUGCCUGGACUAUACUUCUCCGCAAGAAAUGUCGUUUGGACGGCUGCCGGAACGAGUUGCUAAUCAUGCAAGAUGACCAGCUGAUCCUCGUGAAGCCGAACAUGAUGAUAGAGUACGACAACUACGAGUACACGGUGGAGCAGACCAAUAAGAUCUGCUUCCAGAAGAACAGCUUCAACGUGAACCGUCUCGGGAAUGGUAUCGCCGUCUCGUCGCGGAAGUAUAACUUCACUGUACUGUACAGUUCGGAAGGAGAUAUUAAGAUUGGGGUGUUCAAAAGCUACAUGGGCGCAGUGGACGGCCUGUGCGGUGCUUUCGACGGUGAGCCGCAGAACGACCGGCGCAUGCCGGACGGCCGCCUCACGGCCAGCAUCGCCAAGUUCGGCCGCUCCUGGGCCAAGCCCGGCCUGCCGCCAGACGCCUGCCAGAUCAAACUCAUCUCUGAUGCCAAGCAGAAGAAGGCCUGGGAUCUCUGCGAGGUCAUCAUGAAAGCGCCUCUAUGGGAAUGCGGCGGCGUCCUGAACCUGCACAAGUGGCGCAACAUUUGCCUGGAGAAGAUCUGCGAGUGCGCCGGCAUGGAGGUGAACGGGACUCACCGCACUGAGGAGCAGUGCCGCUGUCUGCUGGUCGAGCAGAUGGUGGCCGAGUGCCUCGCCGCGGACAAGAACAUCGAGCUCUCCGACUGGAGGAUCAUGAACGACUGUCCUGCGGAGUGCCCACCUCCGUUAGUACACUACGACUGCUACCGCAAGAGCUGUGAGCCCAGUUGCUCAGCGGUGGGCGUGAGCCGCUCGUGUCCCACCGAGGACGGGCAGUGCUUCCCCGGCUGCUACUGCCCCGAGGGCAAGCUGCGUCGCGGAGAUCAGUGCGUGCUACCCACUGACUGUCUCGACUGUUCCUGUAACGGCGUGGGCGUUCCAGCUAAAUACGUGACAUUCGAAGGCGACGACCUGCCGUACCUCGGCAACUGCACGUACCUGGCGUCCCGCGACAGGAACUCGACCGGCGCGCACAAGUACGAGGUGUACUCCACGAACGGGCCCUGCGACGACAACGCCGAUGUGGCCUGCACGCACGCCGUGCAUCUGCUGUACGAGAGGAACGUCAUACAUGUCACUAAGGAUAGCGAGAAGAAGCUACUGGCGACAAUCGGCAAUAACGCAGUAUUCAAGUACCCCAUGAAGAACGAAUGGGUCACCAUCAACCAAGUCAACGGACAAGAUCUCACCAUAUUCCUUCCUGAUAUACACGUCGAGCUGACAGUGCUGCAGUCGAAGCUGGAGUUCACAGUGCGGGUACCGUCGUACCUGUACGCGAACAGGACGGAGGGCAUGUGCGGCGUGUGUGCAGGCUACCAGGAGGAGCUCGUCAUGAGCAAUGGAACAGCCACUGAUGACUUCGACCAGUACGGCAAGAGUUGGCAAGCAAGCCCUGAAGCCCUGAAAGCGCUGGACAUCACAGAGCAAGGCGAGUGCGAGGAGCCUCCACCGCCACCCGAGUGCGUGCCGCCGCCGCCAGAGUCCAACCCCUGCUACAACCUGUAUAAUGCUGAUCGAUUUGGAGCUUGCCACGCGCUCGUAGAACCGGAGUCGUUCGUGAAAGCGUGCGAGACGGACGUGUGCGCAAACGCUACGGACGCGUGCGUAGCACUUGAGCGUUACGCCGCCGCGUGUAGCCGCCAGGGUGUGUGCCUACAGAACUGGAGGGACGACCUCUGUCCUUUCCCAUGUGAGGAGCCGCUGGUGUACCGCGCGUGUGUCGACUGCGAGCUGACGUGUGAGAACAGCGACGAGCUCAGCAAGAACCCGGACAAGUGCGCCAAGCAACCCGGCGAGGGCUGCUUCUGCCCUGAAGGAAAGGUGCGAGUAAACAACACCUGCAUCGAACCGGCUAAAUGCUUCCCCUGCGAUGCAAACAAGGAACAUUACGCUGGUGAUGAAUGGAAGGAGGACGCGUGCACGGUGUGUUCGUGCGCGCGCGUAUCGGGCUCGGCCAGCGCGCACGUGACGUGCACCAGGCAGGCGUGCUCCGCGCCCGUGUGCUACCAGCACGAGGACCUCGUCACGCAGCCGCCGCGCCCCGGGGACUGCUGCGCCACCUACACAUGCGUUCAAAAACCGAAGCAGAAUUGCACUGAACCGAAGAAGAUGACAUGCGCCUUUGGACAGGUCUUGAAACAGAAAACCACGCCUGAGGGAUGUCAAGAGUUUGCCUGUGAAUGUAAGCCAGUGAGCGAAUGCGAGCCCCUACCAAACGAGAACGAGGUAGAGAUAAUGGAGCCUGGUAUGGAGCGGCUGGUGGACAACAGCGGCUGCUGCCCGCGCGUGCAGUUCGUGUGCCGCGCGGAGUCCUGCCCGCAGCCGCCCGCCUGCCCCAAGUUCCACGACGCCAAGACUACUAAUGUCACCGGGAAGUGCUGCCCGGAACAUACGUGUGAAUUGCCUAAAGACAAGUGCAUAGCUACAUUAGAAUGGGAAGCAGCGUCCAAGGGUGGCGAGAAACCUCGUACUACGCCCCAAACUAUCCUUAAAGAUCUGGACUCGGUGUGGCUGGACGGUCCCUGCCGCUCGUGCCGCUGCGAGGCGGACGGGGCGGGCGCGGCGGGCGGGCGCGUGCGCUGCGCGGCCAGCGAGUGCGCCGCCGUGCUCAGCACGGAGCAGUUCGUGCUGGAGCCGCGCCCCGUGCCCUUCCAGUGCUGCCCGCAGCCCGUGCAGGUCGCCUGCCGGGACCGCGACAACAUCUACAAGGUCGGCGAAAAUUGGACUUCACCAACGAAUCCCUGUGAGAGUUACCAGUGCGUGCAAACUGACACGGAAGGCAAACUGGAGAAGAUCACCACUGUGCAGCAAUGCCACACCGAGUGUCAGCCUGGUUGGAAGUACUUCCCUGCAACUGAGGAGAGCGGAGCUUGUUGCGGUCAGUGCGAGCCGGUGGCCUGCAUCGUGGACGGUAAGGAGCGCGCCAUCGGGGAGCGGUGGACCUCCAGCGACUUCUGCGCCAACUACACCUGCGUCAAUCUUAAUGGCACUCUACAAGUGGAAUGUGCAAACGAAACAUGCCCUGAAGUGUCUGAGAACGUCAAGAAAAUGUUUGUGCUGAGCGAAGAGAAAAUUCCGGGAAAAUGCUGCCCCAAGGAGGAACCUGUUGCGUGCAGAGUGGGAAGUCUGAUAUACCAGGAGGGACAAACCUGGCCAUCUCCGGACCCGUGUAAGAACGUGACCUGUGCCCGGGACGCCAGCGGUCGCCUGACGCAGCAGGAGAGCGUGGCCACCUGCGCGGAGGACUGCCGCCGCGGCUGGCUGUACGAGCGGCCGGCGCCCGGCGUCUGCUGCGGACACUGCCGCCAGAAGGACUGCGUGGUUGAUGAUAAGCUGAUACCUCCUGGUACAACAUGGCAUUCAGACGACAACUGCACGACAUACUCUUGCGACCAGACUGGCGAAGAAGUAUUCGUGACGUCAUCCAAACAGCUGUGCCCGGACGUGUCUGCCUGCGCUCCAGAGAACCUCGUCAACGACACCUGCUGCCAAGUGUGCGAGGAACAUCCUGAGGCUUUGAGUAAAUGCGUCCCCACGAGCGUGCCCACCACUGAGACAGUAGGCCUGGUCCGCAUCCACCUCGGGCCGCACGGGCUCUGCGUCAACAAGCUGCCGCUCACCGACUUCAAGGAGUGCCGCGGCUCAUGCGACUCCGGAACGCUCUAUAAUAACCAGACUGGUAUCCACGACACGCGGUGCGAGUGUUGCCAAGCGACGAAAUACACUCCGGUGCAGGUGAUGCUGAGCUGCGAGGACGGCACUGCGCAGGCGCACCGCCUGGCCUCACCCGCCGCCUGCGCCUGCGCAGCCUGCAACGCCGCCGACAAGCCCAUGUGGCCCGGGAAACCUGGUUACGCUGGAGUAAAGCAUCCGACAAAGACAGGUUACUCUGAGUCAGAAGAAGAUGAGAUCCCUCAGAUAUACCAGCGGUUCGGAUCUCCCCGCCCGAGAUUAUAAACACUACAUAGCGCGACACUACACGACCACUCUGAACUUAUUAGCCAGCCGUGGAAUGUACCACGGUUAUGGUAAUAUGGAAGGUUUACACACUACACUUAAUUAAAGAAGUUUUAAGAUAUUAAGCUAACACGAUCCGUUCGAUUGUCUUCGUUACUUAAGGUUUGCUGAUAGAAAGUGGUGUUGGUUUUCCGAAUACUACCGGAUCUAAUAGACUUUAUGAUAAGUUUGAAAAUUGUAGAUUCUCUUAGAUAAAAAUAGAAAAAAGCAGUUUAGGUAAAUCAAUUAUUUAAAAAUGAUUAUUUUGAAAUGUUUAGUAAAAUUUAAUAUUACCUAUGUACAGUUUAUUGAAUUCAGAGUGGUUAAAAAAUGUAAAGUCAAAGUUAUUUUAGCGGAAUAGAUCAUCUCUACAAUAAGUUCUAAAAGGUAUUCUGUGAUGUAUGUAUAAUCAAACAAUAAUAUAUUUUUGUAAAUAAUAAAUACAGCAAUGUUUGAACUAG